UUUCUUUGUUGAGAUUUAUUAUUGCAUGCAAUUGCUGCAUAUUUUGAAUGAUUCCCUCUUUUUUCCAUGCUUUUUGAGCUCGUCUUCGGAUUGGAACAAAUAAUUGAAAAAAAUAUUCAUUUGACAACCAUCCUUUAGAUCACCACUAAUUUGUUUUGGGUCCAUAGUUGAUUGCCGGUAGGCACGAUGCAACACUGGAGGAGCUAUUAUUUUACAACUUACAAGUAAAUCAAACUCAGUUCAUUUAAACAUAAAGAAAAAACAAGGAAGAUGAUUGAAAUCUCUGUUAAUAUUGUAGUGAUUAUGGAGUUACUAUUGGUAAUGGUUUCUGGGUUUUUACCUUUUUCUUUGGUUUUUCGUUAUAGCAUCAAUGUAUUUUGUCUGAACCCUGUUGUGGAAGAGGUAGCUGUUUGCAUAUAUAUUGAGGAUUCACUUCUAGAGUAGGAACCAUAUCAAAGAUGUACUGCUAAAAGCUUCGGGAAGUUCAUAUUAUUCUGUUUCGAUUUGGGAACUGAAUAAUGUCAACUAGAAUCGAAUUUCUUUCUAUAAUUGCACUUUGAUGUUAGAAACCGUAACUUUUGAAUCUAACCAUUGAAACAUCACAGUUAUGUGGUCUUUUUUGUUUUCCCUAGCAUAAAGAAGAUAAAUUCCUAUCAAAAGUUGUUGUUACUCUGCAUUUUAAGGUUCUGACUUUACCAUUUCUUGGAUCUUUUUUGUAGAGAACUUGUUCAUGCAUUUAUUUAUUUUAAUCAGACAAUCUUUGAAUCUGUUUUCAGUCUUUUUUUACCUUUGCAAACAUUAUUAUUAUCAAUUCAUGCUUUACGUCCUUUCCACAAAAUCUUGAGAUGAUUUUGUGUUUGUUCAUAAGUAUUUUGUUUCUGAUAAUUAAGUUGUGAAUUUAAAAAGUCAUUUUGAAGAUAAAUGCAACUUUUAAUCUAUUGAUGUUAAUUAAUCAUGCUAGUAUAUAUGUUAAUGUGAUAUUUUAUGCUAAAAUAACCAUAUUAACGUGUGUCUUGGUUCUAGAUCCAGGUUGAUCCGAUUUGACCCGGGUUGACCCACCAAACCCAUGACUCGGUAAUUUUACCUGGUCAAUGGCCGGGUCGGGUUUUAUAACUAUGGGUUUUAGGGUAUAAAUAUAAUAUAAAAAGCAAUGCUUGAAACAGAGCAUCCAGCACAAAACCCACAAGCAAAUUUCUUUCACUCAUUAACAUAUAAUCAACAAGGAAAAAAAAUUUGAGCUUUGAAGAGGAAUAAUGAUAGCAGCAGUUUCGUGGGUACCCAAAGGGGUUGCAAAGUCUGUACCAAGUGUAGCAGACCCACCUUCAAAAGAGGAAAUUGAAGAGCUGAUCAAAGCUAGUGAUUUAGAGAGAAGUAGAGAAGAUAGUGGCAGCGAGGAAGAUGACCAGGAAAUGGAUGUUGAUGCUGCCAAGCAGACCGGUGAAGUAAGCCAAGCAUUAGCUGUAGCAAGUGCACUUGGCAGAAGUUCCAAAGUUAACAAGUCAGAGACCAAAUUUGAUGACAUAGCAGAUGGUCUGCAGGAACUUGAUAUGGACAACUAUGAUGAUGAGGAGGAUGGUAUUGAGCUGUUCAGCACAGGACUUGGGGACCUUUACUACCCAAGUAAUAGCAUGGACCCGUACAUCAAGGAUGAAGAUGAUGAUGAUUCUGAAGAUCUUGAAGACAUGGCUAUCAAACCAAAGGAUGCAGUCAUUGUUUGUGCAUGCAACAAGGAUGAAUUUAGUAACCUUGAGGUUUGGAUAUUGGAUGAAACAAGUGAUGGUGAUUCAAACAUAUACGUUCACCAUGAGGUUCCCCUUUCAGCAUUUCCCCUUUGCACAGCAUGGCUUGAUUGUCCACUUAAAGGGGGAGAAAAAGGGAAUUUUAUAGCUGUUGGGUCAAUGGAACCUGCCAUUGAAAUAUGGGACCUUGACAUUAUUGAUGAAGUGCAACCAGCUGUGGUAUUAGGUGGCAUUGAAGAGAAAAAAAAGAAAAAAGGGGAAAAGGUGCCAAUUAAAUACAAAGAAGGCAGUCACACUGAUUCUGUCCUUGGUCUUGCUUGGAACAAGCAUUUCAGGAACAUCCUUGCCAGUGCUAGUGCCGACAAACAAGUCAAAAUUUGGGAUGUGGAUGCUGGAAAAUGUGACAUUACCAUGGAGCAUCAUACAGACAAGGUUCAAGCAGUUGCAUGGAAUCAUCAUGAGCCACAAGUUCUUCUCAGUGGAUCCUUUGAUCGUUCAGUAGUCAUGAAGGAUGGAAGGUUGCCUUCAGAUCCUGGUUUCAAGUGGUCGGUCACAGCUGACGUUGAAAGCUUGGCCUGGGAUCCGCAUGAUAAGCAUUUAUUUGUGGUGAGUCUUGAAGAUGGUACAGUUCAAGGUUUUGACAUCCGUGCUGCCAAGUGUGGAUCAGCUUCUGACCUUAAGCCUAGUUUUACCCUCCAUGCACAUGACAAAGCUGUUUGCACAAUCUCUUAUAAUCCUUUAGCACCUAAUCUUCUUGCUACUGGAUCAACAGAUAAAAUGGUAAAACUCUGGGAUCUGUCCAACAACCAACCCUCGUGUUUAGUAUCCAAGAAUCCUAAAGCAGGAGCUAUCUUUUCUGUUUCCUUCUCAGAGGACAACCCUUUUCUGCUCGCUAUUGGAGGCUCCAAGGGGACAUUGGAACUAUGGGAUACAUUGUCUGAGGCCGAGGUUGCUAGAAGAUUUGGAACCACAGCAAGCUGAAAUCACCGCUGGCUUCAUUGAUCAAGAAGAUAAAAGACCUAUGCUCCUGCUAGAAGAUUUGGAACCACAGCAAGCUGAAAUCACCGCUGGCUUCAUUGAUCAAGAAGAUAAAAGACCUAUGCUCCUUGUAAAAUUUGCGAGCUACAGCAAAAGCCACAUGGCCUUGUUAUGAGCAUGAGUCUGGGCAGAAAUUCUUUUAUCUUGUCGGAUAGAUAUCAUCACAUAAUUA